UUCCUAUGUCAUUUGAAAAGUGGGCUGAGAAGCUGCAGGAACCUGGCAGGUUUGUCCCUUCAUCCUCUGAUUCGGAAUCUCAUCCACAGCAAUGGCAAACAAACAGCAGCCUCCAUACCUGCACUUGGCCGAGCUGACUGCCACACAAUUUAUGGAGAUUUGGAAGCACUAUGACGCAGAUGGAAAUGGAUAUAUAGAAGGCAAGGAAUUGGAGAAUUUCUUUGAAGAGUUGGAACGUGCACGGAGAGGUGCUGGACUGGAGUCUCCUAGUGUCAACUUUGCUGAGAAGCUUAAGGGAUUCAUGCAAAAAUAUGAUGAAAAUGCAGAUGGUCGCAUUGAAAUGUCUGAGCUGGCUGGAAUUCUGCCCACAGAAGAAAACUUCCUCCUGUGUUUUCGACAGUUUGUAGGAUCAAGUAUAGAAUUUAUGGAGACAUGGAGAAAGUAUGAUACUGAUCGCAGUGGCUACAUAGAAGCCAACGAGUUGGAGGGUUUCUUAUCAGACUUGUUAAAGAAGGCAGAGAGGCGCUGUGAUGGGCCGAAGCUGUCAGAGUACACACAGAUAAUACUGAAAAUGUUCGACAGGAACGGGGAUGGCAAACUGGGUUUGUCCGAGAUGGCAAGGUUAUUGCCUGUCCAGGAAAAUUUUUUACUUAAGUUUCAGGGAAUGCAGCUGACAUCAGAAGAAUUCAACGCAAUAUUUGCAUUUUAUGACAAGGAUGGGAAUGGUUAUAUCGAUGAAAAUGAACUGGAUGCCCUGCUCAAAGACUUGUAUGAAAAAAACAAUAAGGAAAUGGGAAUCGAGUGCCUCACCAGCCAUAGAAAGAGUAUAAUGUCAUUGUUAGAUGGCGGCAAACUCUAUCGCAAAGAGUUGGAGCUUGUUGUGUGCCGUGAAUCUCCCAUGUAGAGCCCUCUUGUUUCCACCUGCUCUAGCACUGGGACAGAACAGCUGUCACCUGCUGAACGUGUUCGAAGUCCCUUAUGUGAGGAAUCCACUAGUGUGCUUUACCACAGGUCACACAAUCUACCGCACAGUUUGACACAGAAGGCAGUCAUUUUUUGCUGUCAUGCAUGACUUCAUUUUGCAGUGGUCAAGUUUAUUUAAAGUGAAAUUAUAAUUCUGAAAAUAAAGAUAUUCAUUUUUCCUGUCA